GCCGGAGCGGGCGAGUCGUGCGAGGACCCCUCGCUCUCCAUGGUGCAGCGCGCGGCCUCCUGGCGCAGGGCCCCCGCCAGCGGCCCAGGUGCCCCAGCGAGCAGCCCUGGACCGGCUGGCCACGCGGCGCCUGCUGCGCCCUCGCUGGCCGGGGCGGCUCCCGCGGCGGAGGCGCCGCAGAUGGCGGCGGCCCCAGCCGCUGCCGGCGCGCCCUCGUCCCGCUGGAGAUGCAGGCGCAGAUCGAUGCCAUGCGCCGCCUCGGCCGCUUCCCGCCGCGCGGCCCCGAGAUCGGCGGUGCCUCGGGAGCCUGGCUCUUCACAGAGCGCGCGGAG